GGAGGCGUCACCAGUCAUUCAAAUUCAGAGGAUGAGUAUUGCUCACGCCAACGAGAAGAGAGUAUGAGUGUUUAGAUCCGAACAUUCAUAGUAGCCUAAGUUGUGCCACGUUCUUUGCGAGUUUUAGUCAAUUAUUAUUGGAAUUUAGCUUCAAUCUUGAGCAGGCAAUGUUGAACGAAGCUUCGGGUCAGAAGUACUUUGAUGUUCGAAACGGUACUUUUGGAAUGUAUAAUGUAAUAUCGUCAGUGAUGCUGGCUGCUGAGAGAAAUUGAGGGUUUUGGUUGGUCUUAUUAAUGUUAUUCCAAUAGCUAUAAUAAUUGAUAAACACCUGUUCAUUUGCAUCCGGUCAGUUAUGAAGACGGUUACUCUUAGAAGCGCCAGGACAUCAUUUGCAUGAAACUGCAGCAAGAUCAAGACGGUGAGUCCAACUGGACCCGACUCAAAGAGAAGCUGGGGAAAAGGACUGGGGACCACGACACCUGUGCCCAGUCUACCCCCAAAACUAACCCCUCCCACAAAAAAAGAAACCUUAAAUCUACCAUGUCUCUCAACACCUUCCACCUGAUGGAGACCCUCAAGAACUCCCCGUCCGUUUUACGCCGCCGCUUCCGCCGUGACCGCACCGAGUCCCUCUCCCACGGCGACCCGCUCUUCAAGGUCCACUACCUGGGCACUGAGAAAAUCUUCUCCCUGGAUCUACAGCAGGCCCAGGACGCCAUAGCCCGGCUGCUCGACGGGGCCUCCAACGGAAAGAAACUGAGCAAAGACCAUGCGUUGGUGGUUCGUCCACGCUACGUCGAAGUCAAAGAGCUCAGCACUGGACGCCAGCUCACUAAGACGUACCUCCAGGACAUCGCCUACUGCGCGGCCGACGCCACCAGACCCAACGUGUUUCUGUACAUCUGUAAGCAUCACGGGCAACAGCUGCACUGCCGGGUGUUUUGGUGUAGCCGGGCAGAGCGGGCACGGGACAUGACUGCCUGCCUGGCACACUCCUUCCAGAGGGCACUGAAUGACUGGCAGGGGGACGGGGACGUUGGGUUAGGGGGAAGUACCGACACGCUGACCCCAGAAAAGGACGGGGUGAAGGAGGGAGAGGAUAUGCCCAGCACCACUACUAACCCCAAAAGCUCCAUACAACCAGACAGCUGUGGAAGAGUCCGUUGGAAGAAGAGGAGCUCCCUGUCUCGUAGUCCACUGAGAGCCAUGACCAGGAAGGGCUCUGCCUCUGACAUCUGGCACUGAGUCCCCGAUCCCCAGAAUGGGACACGGAACUGACGACAUCCCCAGGGGCUAGCUACAGCACGGAGGGAGGGAGGGAUUGAAUGAACCCGCCACUACUGGACACAACAGGAUUGGAAAAAAAGGAGUGUGAGGGAGAUCACUGCUGGACUUUCUUUCAAAUGAGACAUUGCCUUGCUUACAUGUUGAGUCUACAGUACCGUUCAUGACCGGCAUGAAUGGUAGCCUACAAACUGUGGAAGUUAAUGACUAGCUAUCUUGGCUUUUGCCUCUGGAUUACUAGAGAACAAGGUGCUUAGUUGAUAGCGUUGUACUGUACGCUGUUGGUAGAAACCAGUAUUCACCUCAGUGGCCUUGUGACUCGCUUUCACUGUUGGAACGCUUCAAGGCUGAACUGCUCAUUUCCAAUGCUACUCCAAGUUACUUGUUUUCCACUGAGUGGCCUUGAUACUCUGAACUGUCAGUUAUGCUUAGAAGAAAGGAGCUCAAGGUCCUGUGCCUUUUUUUUAGCUAGACAAGGACAUGACUACAGAGUUCACCAAACCUCAAUUUCCUCUCCAUACAAUGCUGAACACAGCCUGGACUGUUUGAAACUGGUCACAGUCAUGUCAAUGUCUGUUUAAAAAACAAACAUUUAACAUUUGUUUGUAUUUAUUUUAAUGAGAAGUCUUGUUUGUAACACACGGUUCAUGCACCUCUUCUCUUCCUGAAACACUAGAUUGUUCUUUUUAGAAGGGAGGAGGAGCUUAAGUUUGAGCCGACUGUGAGCUCAGUGUUUGUCUUGGGAGAGGGGUUAAAAACGGAGGUGUGUGUGAGAGGGUUCAUGGGGCAUAAAGGGUUAAUUUGAAUUUAAGCAGAUCAUAGAAGAACAUGGGCUAUGUUGUCAUAAUUACACAGUAAUGUGCGUUCAUAGGCAGGGUUUUAAUACAUUUUAGUAUCAAUUCAUUCGGUUCAGACUUCACCACGUGUAAUUUAGUCCAGUUGUUCCCAACCUUUUUCGGUCACUGUACCACCAACUGAAUUUCUCUGCCUGGAGUACCCCUGAAGUACCCCCUCAUGUGCAUUUUGCCAGUAGGUCUAUGGUCUCAUCUCAGUCUUAUCAAGUACCCCCAGGCGUCCUAGUACUCUUGUUGGGAACCACUAGCCUAGUCAAUGCACACUGACUGUUCACAUUUAUUUAUUUAUUGUCAUAACAUAUUACUAUUCAAGUCAAAUGUAAUCCUAAAUCAAGUCAAAUGUAAUCCUAAAUCAAGUCAAAUGUAAUCCUAAAUCAAGUCAAAUGUAAUCCUAAAUCAAGUCAAAUGUAAUCCUAAAUCAAGUCAAAUGUAAUCCUAAAUCAAGUCAAAUGUAAUCCUUAAUUAAGUUCCAUAAGCUUAAUUUGUUCCUAUAAGGUGUUAGUGUUUGCUAGAACUGUGAGUUUGUUUUUUCUUCAUACUGUGUCACACAGGAGGUUGGUGGCACCUUAAUUGGGGAGGACAGACUCGUAAUAGCUGGCGUGGAAUAGUAUCCAAUACAUCAAACAUGUGGUUUCCAUGCUUUUGCCAUUACAUUUGUUCCGUUCCAGACAUUAUUAUGAUCCGUCCACCCCUCAGCAGCCUCCAUUGAUGUAUGUAUAUAUUUGCAAUUAUGUGGAAAAAUCACUCACCCAUGAUCCUCCUUGUUCCUCAUUAUUCCUGUGUGGGUGAAGUAUAACCCUGGGUGAGUGAUUAUUUGUUUUUUUGUUUUUUUUUGGGGGGGGGGGGCGGCAUGUGUGGGGCAGGAAUGUUGGUUUGCAGUGUUCGGCACUUCGGCAGUGCACCUGCAUUCCUAUGGGGACAUUAAAGUUCUCGUAUCCUCCUUGGCUCUGCCCACUCUCUCCCCUCAGUCUGGCUUAACCUAACCUCAUGACUCUGCAUGUUUCAUAGCAUUAGUGUGUUGGCGUCCUGGCCCCAAGCUCAAAUACCUGUCUACACACUCUCCUCCCACACUUUCUCAUGCCACAUCCGCUCAUUCCAUACAAUAUACUUCUGACUCCUCUGACCACGUCAGGGUUGUAUUCAUUGGGCACCUCAUAUCUCCAUGGUUUACAGUGAAAGGUGCCUCAGUUAUUUGACUUGACAAGAUGUCAAUGAUAUCAAUGGAUAGUUUUUUUAAAAACCAUUUUUAUUUGAAAUGACUAAUGUUAUGCAUCUCAAACUACAAAUGGCACAACCCCAUCUUGGGAGGGCAAGUGUCUACUUUUGUUCUUGUUUUGUACAUCCUUGUUUACAUAUUUUUAAAUAUGUGUAAGCUAUGGAAUAAACUUUCAUACAAUGAUA